AAAAUGUCCACAGAGAGACAAAGAGUUGAUAACAGUUCAAGCACUGGUGGAGGAAGUUCUGAUGGAGACGAACUUGAAAGUUUUCAGCAAGAACCAGAACGAGAGCAAGUUCAGCCCAAAAAGGAGGGAAAAAUAUCCAGCAAGACAGCUGCUAAAUUAUUGACUAUUGCUAAAAGAAUUCAGAAGGAGCUUGCAGAAAUUACAUUGGAGCCUACUCCCAACUGUAGUGCUGGACCCAAAGGAGACAACAUUUGUGAAUGGAGUUCAACUAUACGGGGACCUCCAGGAUCUGUCUUUGAAGGAGGGGUGUUCUUUCUUGACAUAACCUUUUCACCAGACUAUCUGUUUAAACUCCGUAAGGCUACGUUCCGAACAAGAAUCUAUCACUGUAACAUUAACAGCCAGGGUGUGAUCUGCCUGGACAUCCUGAAGGACAACGGGAGUCCAGCCCUGACCAUUUCUAAAGUCCUCCUCUCCAUCUGCUUGCUACUCACAGACUGCAACCCUGCCGACCCUCUGGUGAGCAGCGUUGACACACAACACAUGACCAACAGAGCAAAGCAUGACCGGAUGGCCAGACAGGACCCCGCCGGACUGUGCAAGCCCAUUCUCCAAGUGCAUCAACAGCCCUGCCCACCCCUCCAGACCUUGGUUCUUAUUUUCCUGUUUUUAUUAAAUUUUACACUGUUUUGUGAUGGAGAACAGAAGGAUAAAGGCAUUGAGAACCUGUUAAAUGAACUAAUGGCUGAAAAAUUUCCAGGUCUUGAAAGAGAUAUGAACAUCCAGAAACAGGAAGCUCAAAAGACCCCAAGGAGAAUCAACCAAAAUUGUCCAAGGCAUAUUGUCAAAUUGUCAAAAGUUAAGUACAAGGGGGAGAAUUCUAAAUCCUACAAGAGGCAGGCUGAGGAGGCGGAGGAGCAGGCCAACACGCAGCUGUCCAGGUGCCGCAAAGUGCAGCACGAGCUCGAGGAGGCCGAGGAGAGGGCCGACAUUGCCGAGUCCCAGGUCAACAAGCUCAGGGCCAAGAGCCGAGACGUGGGGGGCCAGAAGAUGGAAGAAUGA